CCCGGCGCUGCUGUUUUGGCGGCAAUUUCAAGGGGGUUAUGUAAUUCCUCCGUGUAGAUGAAAACCGGUGACUCCGCCACAAUUUCACAAGUUGCCUUUUAAGAGGUGUUUUGGACUGUCCCUGAAUUGUAGUAAAUGAAGUGUAAGCAAAUCAUUUGGCUUAUGUAAUUGAUGACAUGGUAAAUGAGCUGUGUCUCAAACUGCAGUACAUUUAGAAAUUGUACAAAAAGGUGUGAAUAUUAUGUGGAGGGAUUCAGUCAAUUGGGUCACCUAUAUCAACUAAGUGCUGAACAUGAAAACUGGCAGCUGGGACAACUGAUUUCCUCGUGAUCUGUACAAAAGAGCUUUACUGUGUUAUCAAAUGUCACUGGCAAAACAUGUUGACAUGAAUAUCCAAUGUCAAAGAUGUGAGAAAAUGUUUACUUAUUCAAGUCAACUCAAACGCCACAUAUUAACACAUACAGGUGAAAAGCCAUUCCAAUGUCAGAAAUGUGAGAAGAGUUUUACUUGUUCAGCUGGUCUCGAGCGACACAUGUUAAUACAUACAGGUGAAAGAACUUUCCAAUGUCAAAGAUGUGAGAAUAAAUUUACCUGUUCAGGUAGUCUCAAACGGCACAUGUUAAUACAUACAGGUGAAAAGCCUUUUCAGUGUGAUAAUUGUGAGAAGAAAUUUACCCAGUCAGGUCACCUUAAACUGCACAUGUUAAAACACACAGGUGAAAAGCCUUUUCAGUGUGAAAAAUGUAAUAAGUGUUUUACUCGUAUAUAUCAUCUUAAGCGACACAUGUUAACACAUAAAGGUGAAAGAACUUUCCAAUGUCAAAGAUGUAAUAAGUGUUUUACUUGUAUAUAUCAUCUUAAGCGACACAUGUUAACACAUAAAGGUGAAAAAAAUUUCCAAUGUCAAAGAUGUGAGAAUAAAUUUACCUGUUCAGGUAGUCUCAAACGGCACAUGUUAAUACAUACAGGUGAAAAGCCUUUUCAGUGUGAUAAUUGUGAGAAGAAAUUUACCCAGUCAGGUCACCUUAAACUGCACAUGUUAAAACACACAGGUGAAAAGCCUUUUCAGUGUGAAAAAUGUAAUAAGUGUUUUACUUGUAUAUAUCAUCUUAAGCGACACAUGUUAACACAUAAAGGUGAAAAAAAUUUCCAAUGUCAAAGAUGUGAGAAUAAAUUUACCUGUUCAGGUAGUCUCAAACGGCACAUGUUAAUACAUACAGGUGAAAAGCCUUUUCAAUGUGAAAGAUGUAAUAAGUGUUUUACUCGUAUAUAUGAUCUCAAACUGCACAUGUUAAUGCAUACAGGUGAAAAGCCUUUUCAAUGUCAAAGAUGUAAUAAGUGUUUUACUUUUAUAUAUCAUCUUAAGCGACACAUGUUAACACAUAAAGGUGAAAGAACUUUCCAAUGUCAAAGAUGUAAUAAGUGUUUUACUUGUAUAUAUCAUCUUAAGCAACACAUGUUAACACAUAAAGGUGAAAAAAAUUUCCAAUGUCAAAGAUGUGAGAAUAAAUUUACCUGUUCAGGUAGUCUCAAACGGCACAUGUUAAUGCAUACAGGUGAAAAGCCUUUUCAAUGUGAAAGAUGUAAUAAGUGUUUUACUUGUAAAUAUCAACUCAAACGGCACAUGUUAAUGCAUACAGGUGAAAAGCCUUUUCAGUGUGAAAAAUGUAAUAAGUGUUUUACUUUUAUAUAUCAUCUUAAGCGACACAUGUUAACACAUAAAGGUGAAAAAAAUUUCCAAUGUCAAAGAUGUGAGAAUAAAUUUACCUGUUCAGGUAGUCUCAAACGGCACAUGUUAAUACAUACAGGUGAAAAGCCUUUUCAAUGUGAAAGAUGUAAUAAGUGUUUUACUUGUAAAUAUCAUCUCAAACGGCACAUGUUAAUGCAUACAGGUGAAAAGCCUUUUCAGUGUGAAAAAUGUGAGAAGAAAUUUACCCAGUCAGGUCACCUUAAACUGCACAUGUUAAUACAUACAGGUGAAAAGCCUUUUCAGUGUCAAAAUUGUGAGAAGAAAUUUACCCAGUCAGGUCACCUUAAACUGCACAUGUUAAAACACACAGGUGAAAAGCCUUUUCAGUGUCAAAAUUGUGAGAAGAAAUUUACCCAGUCAGGUCAUCUCAAACGGCACAUGCUAACACAUACAGGAAGCCAAUAUGAAAUGUGUAAGAACAGUUUUAUCCAAUCAAGUUGUCUCCAACAACACAAGUUGUCACAAAACGAGAAAAAACCAAUCAAAGGUCCAAGAUGUUCGAAAUGUUUUAUUCAUUUAAAAAAUCUUAAACUGCGAUUUUCAACAUGUGCUUGUCUUAAACUAUUGGCCAAUGUCGAGAAUACUUCAUGGAUAGGACUGUUUAGAAAUGGAAAGGGCAUGUCACAGCAACCAAAUAUUGAAUCUAAAAACUUGAUAAAUACGGAAAUUGGAGUUGAAUUUAAAAGGGAAAUUAGCCCACUUAGUAAAAUAAAAUAUGAUAUAGACGCAUUCAGAGUUUGUUUCUUAUACUAGAUUAAAUCAACUAGCUGAAUAUAAACUGUUGCUUAUUUGUAUUUAACAUCAUGUAACAAAAAAAAUAGAAAAAAAUAUAUCGGUUGUAACCAG